CGUACAGGGCCAUCUUUGGUCGUCCUUGCCGGUGACAGUGUGGCUGCUCUAUUCCACUGGUCAUUAAUGCCUAAUGAUUAAUAAAUAAGAUUUCACUUCGAACAGUAGUUAAACGCAGUUAACCUGAAAAAGGGGAGUACGUUUUUCCCUGUUUUGGGACUUAUUGGAAUUCUUUUCUUUAGCACCCUUCAUUUCUCAAGGCAGAAAAGAGGCGAGCCGGGAGAGGCGGUGAUACAACAUGGAUGAGGAAUAUGAUGUGAUCGUUCUGGGUACCGGGCUCACAGAAUGCAUUCUGUCCGGAAUCAUGUCUGUGAAUGGGAAGAAGGUUCUGCACAUGGACAGGAACCCGUACUACGGAGGGGAGAGCUCUUCCAUCACACCCCUGGAGGAGGUGUACAAGCGCUUUACUCUCCCAGAUAGCCCACCUGAGUCCAUGGGCAGAGGACGGGACUGGAAUGUUGACCUCAUUCCCAAGUUUCUCAUGGCAAAUGGUCAGCUGGUGAAGAUGCUGCUAUACACAGAGGUGACACGAUACCUGGACUUCAAGGUAGUGGAGGGAAGUUUUGUCUACAAAGGUGGAAAGAUCUACAAGGUGCCUUCAACUGAGACGGAGGCACUCGCUUCAAAUCUGAUGGGAAUGUUUGAAAAGCGAAGGUUUCGCAAGUUUUUAGUCUUUGUGGCCAAUUUUGAUGAGAAUGACCCAAAGACUUUUGAAGGAGUGGAUCCUAAAACCACAACCAUGAGGGACGUUUACAAAAAGUUUGACCUGGGCCAAGAUGUGAUUGACUUCACGGGUCACGCCCUGGCCCUCUACAGGACAGACGACUACCUGGACGUUCCGUGUCUGGAGACGAUCAAUCGUAUCAAGCUGUACAGCGAGUCGCUGGCGCGCUACGGGAAGAGCCCGUACCUCUACCCUCUGUACGGUCUGGGAGAACUGCCACAGGGAUUUGCCAGGUUGAGUGCAAUCUAUGGAGGAACGUACAUGCUGAACAAACCAGUGGAUGAGAUAGUGAUGGAGGGGGGCAAAGUAAUCGGAGUGAAAUCUGAGGGCGAGGUGGCUCGCUGUAAGCAGCUCAUCUGUGAUCCCAGUUACAUCGCGGAUCGCGUCCGCAAGGCGGGUCAGGUGAUCCGUGUGAUCUGCAUCCUCAGCCACCCCAUCAAAAACACUAACGACGCCAACUCCUGCCAGAUCAUCAUUCCCCAGAACCAGGUCAACCGCAACUCAGACAUCUACGUGUGCAUGAUCUCUUAUGCUCACAAUGUGGCCGCCCAGGGGAAGUACAUCGCCAUCGUCAGCACCACGGUGGAAACCAGCCAGCCCGAGGCCGAGAUCGAGCCGGCCCUGGAGCUGCUGGAGCCCAUCGACCAAAAAUUUGUGGCUAUUAGCGACCUUUACGAGCCUACGGAUGAUGGUACUGAGAGCCAGGUCUUCGCCUCAAGUUCCUACGAUGCCACAACUCACUUUGAGACAACUUGCAACGACAUCAAGGACAUCUACAAACGUAUGACUGGAAGCGACUUUGACUUUGAAAACAUGAAGCGCAAACAGAACGAUGUGUUCGGGGAGGACGAGCAGUGAGGGGUUGGGUUAUCUGAGAGAGGGCAGGGCCGACUAAGGAGGUGGGGGCGAUAACGGGCUGAGAGGGUGCAGAGCCGGUGGUAAACGGCUGGGACUGCCUGAAUAGUGCUUUAAAAACCAGUGGGAGGGCGGGGGGGGCGUUGUGAACACGGUGGAGACGGUGUGUGUCUGGACUCUGCCUCUCUGCAGCCAUUUGCCUCCAUUUCUUUACCUCGCUCUCUCUUUACACAUAUUCAAACACAUAAACGCUCACAAACACAAACUCGCUUUCCAAAACACUCACAUUCCCUUUCUCUGUCACCAAAAAGCAGGGUUGAUACGGUCUUUCAUUCCAUUGUAGAAGACACAGUGUAAUCAUGUCUUAACCAUUAUCAUUAGAUGUGAACUUAUUUCUCUGGAGUUUUCAGAGCAUUACAUUUUUUCUUUAAUGUCUUUCUCAUAUCAGACAAUGGGUGGAUGUUGGGUGGAUGAUGUCGAUAGGUCUGAACGGUCGGUUCUGACACCAGAUGGCUUAUGGCUUAGCGUAGAAUCCUCUGGAAGGGUUACCUCCAGUCCACGUGCAUGCAUUUUUACACACAUUAGUAAUGUACAUAAACUCAAAUGACACUGCGCUAUGAAGGCUGGACCAUUCCACGCACCAAUCCUGUCUACCCUGCUUUCAGUUUGUUCUCGUUCCUGGUCUUUCACCCUGUGUUAUUUCAAUAGACGCUGCUCCUUUUUGGCAAAAUCUGUUGGUCGGGCAAAAACAUGUGAUGAAAAGUGAUGUAUAAAUGGGCUGUUUUGUCAACUGAGAGUGCUCACAUUGCAGUGCUGUUGUAUCCCAAGCUAAGCAGUGGCUAUUAAUGUUCAACACCUUCCCCAAAACAACACAGCAGUUCGUUUUGUUUACCUGUGCUGCGUAACUUGAAAUCUGAAUAGCUUACUUUCUAACAUUUUAAAUAAUUGAUUAUUUAAGUUUCUAUAUAAUGGGUGCACAUUUCACUGGCUGAAGUGAUGAAGUUUACAAAGCGGUGGUUGAAACUGUCUGCUUUAAGUUGAGCAUAUAAAAGGGAAUGUCUGGCGCACAAGAGGCACGGAGAAGAUAACGCGUAGUUUUGGUCAAGGCUUUCUCUCCAGCUCUCUGGAGGAGAGGAGGAGGGAUGGAGAGCUUGUUGAGAUGGGAGGAAGUGGGAGAUGGAGGGAUGUACGGGUGUUGGGAAAGUCGUGGGGUCGUCUUUUGGAAAGUUUGACUUUAAGAAACGUUGAGGAUUAAGACUGAAAUUUCAGCUCACAGUGAAAGCACCAGACAGCGUCUCGGUUGUUCGGACCCUUGUUGUUCGUUUUAGACAUAAAUCCUUAACCUUGGGACUAAAUCCUUGUUGAUGUGACUUAGAAAGAAGUGUUGGUUACUCUUCCCCUCAUUUGAAGACUUUGUAGCAUAGCAGAGGUAUGAAGUGCUGCCCCCGUACAGUGAACCGAGCACUUUUACACGGUUCUAGCCUUAAUUUGGGGUCUUUCCAAACUCUUGGGACCCUUUUGGAAAAUCAACUGCUUUUUUCUUUUCUUUCUUUUUUCUUUUUACUAACAAGUAAAUGGCAGGUCAGUCUUGUGCCAAAAAUAGUAUUUUCUGUUAUUGGUAUAGUUGGCUGACAACAAUACAAGUUCACUUUGGCCGUUUGUGCAGAGCAGACAUUAUAAAGGGAUGAGUCUGAUCUUUGACCAGAUAUUAGGUUAUUGAUUAGAGGUUAUUGCAGACCUGCGUGGAGUUACGUCCUUAUUUCUGCGCUGCACACCUACGGCCUAACUGAUUUCUGUGGCUUGGCUUAAUACAUAUGAAGAAAAACAAGAUGCUGUCUUUAUUUGCUUUGAAAACGGUUCCAUUUGAUUUUAUCCAACUCCUUAAACAAAUGUAACGUGUGUUUGGAGGGUUUACGUGUCUUAAAGUUAUAACAUAUUUAUUUGAAUUCCGCUGACAUUUUUGUGUAAAGGUUUACGUCAAAUGCAGAUUAUUGCUAUGCUUUUAGUUUUAUUGUUUGAUGAAAAAUGGAUUUUAAAAUUGAUGCACACCAGAAGUAUGUGUUUUUGUUUGUUAUUUGCUGUGUUAUGUUUAUCUUAUUUAGUGACCAUUCCAUGAUUUAUUGUUAUAUCAGCAUUCCUCAGAAACCGGUUGUGAUGGAAGGAAAACCGUCUAAGGCUUAAGUCAAACAACACGGCUUUGUACUCAAAAGUUUCACACUGUGCAUCAUAAUUGUAUUUGGUGUUGAUCCUGGAAACUUAUCUUAGAUCUGCUAUGAAUCUGAAAAACUGGAAUACUGUUUUCCCCUUGAACAUAAAUGAUUCUGAUAUCUCUCCCCCACCCUUCCUCAGCUUCUCAAACUGUCCUCUCCUUUUUUAUUUAUUGGGAAAAAAGCCUUGUGUGUGGUUGUACUGUUUUAAUUUCGAUCCAGUAAGGCCUUUGAAAACCACUAUUGACAAUAUCCAUUGAAAUUGACAAAAUAAAUAGUUCAUACUGAGUAGUAGAAACUUACUGUCCUUGUUUGAUCACUAGUAUGUGAACAAUGCCUAAUGUCUUGUGUAACAAAUAAAAUGAAUUAAAAUAUGAAUGAAAUGAUAGAAAAAUAAAAAGCACAUGGCAAACCUGGAAA